AACGAGAGAGAGAGGGGGAGAGAGAGAAAGAGAGAGUGGGCUGGAAGUCUGCAUAGGCCUGAGUUGGCUGUUAAUCUGUCUUAGUUGCACAAAAUUAUCUCAGCUGGAUUGGUGCUGAGUUGAGGAGGGCCUCCAAUAUCCUUUCUUCUGAGUUGCAUCAGCUUAUAUUUGAUGUUGUCAUUCAGCAUCGUAACUGUGGAAUAAUUCUUCUUUUGCCACUAAUGGAACAUUUUGAAAUAUCAUUUCUGGACCUUGGUAACCUUUCUCCUGAUGAAGAAAGCCAGUUGAUAGGAAUCUUAUAUGAACCAAAGGACAAUUAUCCUAUUGAGUUUCCAUGGACUGAACCUAACUGUGGUGACCAAGGUGGUCAAGGAGAUGGGAGUCAGGGGGCAGAGAGGGGCCACGGCCCCGUCCAGUAUCAAAAUGACCACGGUCACUUUGCUGCUACCCUUGGGAUUACAUUUGGGGACGUAGGUGAUGAACUGUUCACAGCGUCUGGCUACAGUCCCCUACCAGUACAGACAGACCAGUAUUCCAGUGCCAAUUUGUAUACUAACCAGCGGGAUGACAGCGUGCAAUCAGAUGACGGUGGAAAAGGGGGCGCCAAGGAGCGCAGAAAUAAAAAGAAACGUCCGCCUGGAUAUUAUGAACUCAUUGACCAGAAACAGAAAGGGCAGCAGGUGGCAGGUGUGCCGGGAAGUCACACGGGACAAAACCCCACGGGACAACAUGUGGACCAUCUGGGACAAGUGGCGUCCCAGUUUGUUGGAAUGCACAGAGAAGGCCAGUGCCCUCCUGGGCCUGUCUCUUUGGCCAAAACUAGUGGCUCCACCUACAGGUUGGGUAGUGGUGGGCAAACUGGUGCCUACAUGGACACCAAACCACCAGGUGGUCAAGAAAAUUAUGGUGCCUACAUGAAUGUUGAACCCCCAGAGGUUGUAAUGAGUGUAAAACACAGUGCACCCCAUGUGGGCAGUGAACCCGGUAACAGCAUUCAGAACUCUACAUCUCACAGCAAUGCAAUGAAGACAAGUGUUCACAGUCCAAGUAUUCCCCAACAGGGAAGUGAUAUGAAUGAAGCUAGUCAAGCAAUAGAGGGACAGCUGACACCAGGCCCUGGUCAGACUGUUACCUCACUAUCCAGUGUAUUAGAUAGGAAAAAUAUGAGCAAAGACUCCGUGAUCAAUACAGAUUCAAGAGGGUUAGAGAAUAGGACAGGUAGUGAGGGAAUUCACAGUGGGAAAGUUGUUGUGGAGGGGAACAAUGUGAAACCCCAUGUUGUGGAUGAGGAAGGGAACUUCAUGAAUGAAAACCAGGAGAUAAAUGUUUCCAAAAGUAGUGAUGGAACAUGUGAGCCUCGCAGUGAUGGCAUUCUUAGUGACACGACAGCUGUGAGCACAGAUGACCACAAGUUAGACUCUAAUGAUGUAAAUAACACACAGGCUUCCCAGGAUGCUUCAGAAAUUACCCAGAAUGCAGCAGCUAGUCAAGAUGGCCAGCCACCAGAGGGUGGGAACGGUGCGGCACAAAAGCCAACAAGUUGGGCAUCCCUAUUCCGCGGUGGCUCAUCACAGCAGAGUGUGACUUAUGUUGUAAACAGCGAGGAGCAGCAAGGAGAGAAAGCCAAGUCUCCGUCUCCAGCAAAACCAGAGGAGCCACUGCCUGAGCCUGUCACUGUCAGUGCAUCUGAGGAUAAGAAAGCCAAGAAAGUGGGAGAGUUGUUACUGGGCGCAGUGGUCAGUCACCGUCCAGCUCCGCUACAGCCACGAGGACUGGUCAACAGGGGCAACUGGUGUUAUAUUAAUGCUACUCUUCAAGCUUUGAUGGCGUGUCCUCCAUUUUAUAAUUUGCUCAAACAAAUGCCUGCCUUUUUCUCAGCCAGGAACAGAGGCCCUAGCUCUACCCCAAUACUGGACAGCUUUGUGGAGCUGGCCAAUGAGUUUGUUCCAUAUCAGUACCCUAAAGGAAAGAAGAACAAAGGAGUUCAGGACAUCAACCCUGGGAAGCCUUUUGAACCCGUCAACGUGUACAAGAUGUUACAACUGAUCAAAUCCAAUAACUUCAUGCAUGGAAAACAAGAAGACGCGGAGGAGUUCUUGAGUUGUGUGUUAAAUGGUCUACACGAUGAGAUGUUGGCAGCUAUCAAUGAAGUAGAUGGAAGGAAUAUUGAUGCAGAUCCAGAGAAGUCAAUGAAUGGAGAUACGCAGGUGAUGGACGGCGAGGCAGCAGAGGGAGAGGAGGAGGGGGAAGAUGAGUGGGAACAAGUUGGGCGCAGAAACAAGAGUGUAGUAACACGAAUGUCCAAGUUUGCCCACUCCCCCAUCACGGAGAUAUUUGGAGGCUCCAUCAGGUCUGCCCUGUACCAGCAUGGAUCUAAAGAAUCCGCCACUCUGGAAUCCUUUCUUACUCUCCAGCUAGAUAUACAGAAUGAGAAGGUACAGAGUGUGAAAGAAGCCAUAGCUUCACUGGCCACCAAGGAGUCAUUGCAGGGGUUUACCUGCUCCAAAACCAAGAUGGAGGUGGAGGCCAGUCGUCGGACCACGCUGGAAGAGCUUCCCCCUGUGCUGGUCCUGCACCUCAAAUGUUUUGUUUACGACAAAAAUGGAGGCUCCCAGAAAGUUGUCAAACAUGUGGAAUAUGGAGUGGAUCUGGAAGUUAGCAGAGACCUGCUGUCCCCCAAUGUGAGGUCCAAGCUGCCCACAGGACAGAGGACGUACAAGCUGUUUGCUGUUGUGUACCAUCACGGUAAGAACGCCACUGGCGGUCACUAUACCACAGACAUCUACCACAACGGUAUCAACGGCUGGAUGCGCAUUGAUGACAGCACUGUUAAAGUCGUGACUGUCCCGCAGUUAAUGAAAUAUUCCCCGCCUAGAGUGCCAUAUCUUCUCUACUACAGAAGAUGCGAUUUGAUUUAAGUCCAGUGAUAUCACAGACCAGGUGGUCCUAUGAGUUAUCAGUGACAUAACAUUUUCAUCAAAGCCUUGGUGUUAGUGUUAAGGUUUUGUAAAAAGAUUAAGUUAUGUAAAUAGGUCAAAUUUUGAUAAAACUUGUUUAGUUGGUAAUUUUUUCUCACAGGCCAUAUCAAAAUGUGAGUUAUUGUUGAUUUGGUUCAGUCACAUUGAGUAAUCAUACACAUAUACAUUGAUAAGUACCAGAUUGCUUGUAGUUAGCUUUUAUGACUGUUCUCAUUAAGAUGGGGUAAAUAGUGUGAAUCUGUCUUAAGUGCUGGUCUUGUAAUUAACUUGAACUGGUCUGCCUUAGGUUGAAAGUCCAUGUUCAGUGACACUUACUUUAGAUUGUGAAUUUGUUGGGAUUUAUGAUUUUUGAAAAUAAUGUUUUUGAUUACAAAAAUUAUAUUUUGUCAUUUUGAACAUAUUUUGGUCACUGCAGUAUGCUGCUACUAUAACUGUACAUAUUUGACAUGGUAGAAGCAGCUAAUAAAACAUUUUUUAUGUUCAAUGAUGCUGUAAUAUAUAUCACAUGGAACUGAACUUGCACAAGGAAGCGUCUGGAGUUUUAUGCCCAGUGUUUAAAUGAAGACUGUCCUGGGUGCAGCUCUUGCUGAAAAGGAGGUCAGAAAAGGAGGCCAAAACUGAGGCACGGUGUUAAUUGCAUAGAAGUUUCACUGGUACAUGGGGGGCUUUAGUAUUAGUUCUAGUUGCUAAGUUCUAGCUUAGUUUUAGAAAAGGUCCUCUCUUUAGGUAGGUGUUAAAGUUACACCUGACCUGUCAUAGAAAUGAAAGUUGAUAGAGUACAAUCACUUUAUUUAUGUCUAGGGCAUAGGAAAAUAGAAAUGUUGAUUGAAAUCGUGAGAGGCCUGUCAGCGCCAAGCCAAGGGUGAUAUUGCAAUAAACAACUUGUGUUAUUAAAAGUGUAUAAAUGUAAAUAGGUCUUUGUCUUUUAUGACAGUUACUAUGAGAGACUGGAGUCCUCAUUUGAUAACUGCUACUGUUGGAGACAAGAAAUGCAAUCUAAAAAGGUUUCACUUCAUUUAGAGAAAGACUGUAAUAAUUAUUGUUGUUAAUGAUAGGAUUAGAUUAAAUUGAAGUCCAAGAGAAAGGCAUAUGUGUGUAAAAGGAUGAAGUUUGUAAUUUAAAGGUUAUUAGGGAGUAAAAGAUGUAUGCACCAAGUUUUCUAAAAUAUCUGGAUCAUAGUUUGAUUUGAUAUUAAAAAGCUUGACAUAUCUACACACAUAUGUACUAGGAGAAUUUGUGGUUGUGUUCAACAGAGAGGAAAGUGUUGAGCAAAUUUGAACAUUUUCAGUCCAAACUCAUGAAGUAAAGAGAACUGGAAACUGUCAUCAAGGUGCAGGACAGUGGAUAUCUAAGGCACUAAUAUCCUCAUUUUUACAAGUGGUCUACUAGUAUACAUCACAGUGACACAGUGUCAAGGAUUGAUUUUAUUUUGUAUUAGAUUUCAAAAACUCAACUACGCUUAUAAUCACAAUAUAGAGAUGCAGUUGUUAAUAUAUGCUGGAUACACUGGACAGCUUCACGCAUUAAGACUUUGUUCAGAGCUGGCAAAGCCAUGCUGUAAUAAUGUAAUUAAUCUUUGUUACUGAUCUGCUAGUAUUUUUUAUGAAUGCAACAUUGCAUGAUGGUAUAUGCAGUGUGUUGAAGUGGAAAACUUUAGUUUGGACAUGAAAAAAGUUGGUAUGUUAUGAAUUCAUUGCAAUGCUGCAGAUAGGUGGCAUACUUACAGAAGUGUACAAGACAAAACAGUUCCAAAGUUAGAAUGUACAAAUUGACAACUGAACCAAUUCACAGGGCAAAUCAUUGUCUGACAUUAGUGGGGGGUCUCUGUGUCAUCUUGGUCACUUGGUGGUGUGUUUUGGGGUCCAAACUAGACUUAGUCUGAACAGCCACUGUGUACUCAAGUAAGGGGCACCUGCUGUGAAAGUUGUAUGAGAAGUGCACUCUUUUUUUAACUACCAAGGCAUUGUGAUUGUGAUUUAGAUAACAUAUAUAUGCUUAUUAAUAUGCAUCUUAAGGAUUUGGCCAAGUCAUGAUUCAAUUAUUAGUAUUAUUAUUUUGAUCCAUUAGUAGGUCUCUUGGUUAGACUUAGUGAGAUCAUAGCAGCAGUCACAGUGGUAGAGAGGCAGUUCACAGGCUAAAGCUAUCUCAUUCAUUCAAGUAGGUCAUUUUCCAGCCUCCCUGAUAUUUGGUAGUAAUUCCCUGACCACGUGGUGGUUUGAUAGUGGAACUUUGAUUUACUCAACAAGUUGGAACUUCUUGAUGUUACAGUACUGUAAUUGAUAUCCCUCCCUUAAACCUUAUCCCAAUUCACAUCUAUGCAGAGGUUGUGUGGAGGGAAGCACUGGUUGUAGUCUGUAUAAAAGGACCAGGGACAGUUCAGACACUGCCUAACUUGAAACCGGAAGUAGUCUGCCAUUGAACAGUUAAUGUUUUUGAAAGAAUGAUGGGCAGAUUUAUUAUUAUUUAAUUAGGGAUGGAGGGAACCAACAAAUUUAAUAAGAGCACUAGCGUGGCUUGGUGAUUUUGUGGAAUUUUUACCAAGGGAUCUGUUUAUUUAGCAUUUCUCUGUAAAGAUGAUAGACAUUUUCUAGCAUUUAGUGACUGUCGGAAAUACUUGUAUAAAUGCAGUGAUCUAACAGGGGUUACGUGACCGUUUUUAAGCCCAUGAAGAGGGGGGGGGGGGGUACACGAACAUCUUAUAAUUAAUACUUGUAAAAUAUGCGAAGGUGGAAACGAAUAUUAUAAUGAUGUAAAUUGUUGAAGCGUAAAAUGGCCUUACGAAGUUUUAAGGCACAAAAUUCGUAAAUCAGCGGUCAGCAACGGAAUAAACUCGAUUCUUUUGUGCGAUUACCUAUAGACAUUACGCAUUCUUGAAAGGAGUGGAUUUAACAAGAAAGUUGUUAUAUAUAAGUAGAGAUAUAUAUUGUUUAACUGAAGAAUUGUGAACUUGUAAAUUGAUACUGCCGGGCAUAAAUGAAUAUGGCCAGGCUUAAAUGAGCAGCAAGGGCACUUAAAUGCCAUUUAUACACGCAUAAAUCUAUAUAACUGAGCGCCUGCUGUAUGUUACCCAGCACACGUUGGAAAUAAAU